AAUUACCAAUUUUUAUUGAGGAAAUUCGGUAGUGAAGUAAUUUUGACAUUUCAAAUUUAUUACGACAUAAUAUAUUGUGGUAUACAAUGCUACCAUCCACUAAAAAUUCUACAGGUAAAAAUCUAAUUUUUUUUUAUAAAUUAUAACCGUUACGUAUGUCUUACAAUUGCAGAAAAUUAUGGAAAAAGUUUAAGUAUAGGUAUAGACGAUAUUAUGGUAGGUACCUCUUGUAUGUUGUCAUCUACACUUGAGUAGGAGGAAAAAAUACGGAUAAUAUGUCAAGGUACAAUUAAAAACCGAGGAAGUUGUUCUGUUGUAUUAAGUAGGUAGGUACUUAGUAUCCUAUGCAAUGCAACAAUGGAUGUGUCGAUGUAAAGAUGAGUAUUACCAAAUAAAUCUCUGCUAACGCAUGUCUGAUUAUUUUACAUUAGGUAGGUAUAUCAUUAUUGUUUACUACGCGUUUGACUGAGUUUCAUAAUAUUAAUUCAACGAAUAUUUCUAUUUAUUUCUGGUUGAGUCACUAUAAAAUAAGUCAUCCAUACUCGUGUCACAUGACAUAUAUAUUAGGGACCAAACAGUCAGUGAGUUUUUUAACAAUCACAUAUAGCUGAUUAUUACCGUCUGUUCAAGUAUCAACAACCUCAACAACCGUUAUUUACAAAUAUAUUAUCCGGCUAAUAUUGUAUAUUAGAUAUAAUAUACAUCUAACACGUUUUUACAUGCUAUAUUAUAAUGCCUUAUUAAUUACCUAUUUUUAGGUGGCAACCGAACAUUUAAUAACUAGCAAAAAUAUUGAUUUCAAUAAAUAUAUAGGUAGGUACUUUCACUAGAAAUAAAUAACUAUGUUAUGCGGCACUCGAGAAAAACCUUUACCGAUAUUAAAAAAAAAAUGGAGACCCGCCAAAGAAUGUGAUCGAACAACAUUGCUGGCUAUUCGUCGUCCAACAGCCGUAUCGAAAUUCAGAGAUAGUGUACCACGCCCCAAUUAUCGGCCACUAAAAAACUAUCUUCCGUCAUGGGAAUCCAGAAAAUUCGAUGAAAAAAUUCCAAUGUAUCAUGGAUACACUCCAUCUGGUCCAAUUGUCUUCCAUAGAGGACUUAUGGGAAAGGAUCCUUUUCAUUCAGAUAAUAAAUUAAGUUUUUUAUUAAACAACUCGUAUGACAUAUCACACAGAUAUAACCCAUUACACGAUCCGCAUUUAAAACACUGGGUAAAUUCACCAAUCAAUCGAAAAUUUCUGGAAAAACAAGGACUCAUUACUGAAGACAAGGAUGUGAUUUGCAGCUUAAGAGAAUACAACGAAUACAGAAGAUUUUUAUUACGCGUAUACAAUGAUUCAAUAACACGUGAAAUAAAACUUAAAAAUGCAGAAAAUGAGGAUCGUGAAAAAAUAGCUAUUGCAAAUUUUAAUCAUAGAAAAGAAUUAAUAAAGAAAUUAAAACUUUUGAAGUAUGAAAAGUCAAAAAAUAAAUCAAAAAAUGGGACAAGUAAAAGAAACCAUGUUAAGUCUUUUUGUAAACCUUCAAAUAAAGAAAGAAAACUACCAUUUAAGAAAAUUGAAACAUAUACUGUAUUUGGAUCCGGCUUGGGUGGUGUAAUUGACCAAAACAAGUACAAACGUACCUUUAUAAAAGGUUCCCCAAAUGAUUACUAUUUAUUGGGAUUAUUUGAUAAUUUUUUUAAACAACCAACAGACGUAAAACCAACUGUGAAACAAUUACAAUAGAAAUCAUUUGAGAAACUUUUUAUAAAGGGUAUAAGUGCUAAUAAACCAGAUUAAUUAUUUUAAAAAAGACCAAAAAAUUUACAAAUAUAAUAACUACAAUAAUAUAAUAUAAAAAUAUAUUAUAACAACAAACACCUAUUACUUAAAUUAUUGAAUUUGUUUACUAUGAAAUCUAAAUCAACUUUUUAGCAGUUAUUUAUUCUAUAAAAAGAAAAUUUUGAUUUUAUCCAGAAAUAACAUAAAAGGACUAAGAUAUUUAGGCCUCUGCCAUGUAAUUUUUGAAGGAUGCCUAUUGCCUAGGCAUGCCACCGUAAAUUGGAAAGUAAUAGUAUCAUAG